AUGCCCCGUCGGCGCUCGGACCCUGUGACUUUUGAAGAUGUGGUCGUGUAUUUCACUGUGGCUGAGUGGGCCCUGCUGGAUCCAGAGCAAAGAGCCCUCUAUAAGGAGGUCAUGCGGGAAAACUACAGCACCGUGGCCUCCCUGGUCACAAAUGCUUUUCCAAAGCCAGCCCUGAUCUGCCGCCUUGAAGGAGGGGAGGGGCUUUGGCUACCUGAUCCACCAGAGACUGCAGAGAGGCAGCUGCCUUCAGACUGCAGCUCAGGCGCUGAGCAAGAAAAAGAGAAGGAGAAAUCUCUGCAAGCAGAAAAUGCACAAACGGUGACUCCAAAAGGGACAGCACUGCAAUGGAUGAAAGAGGGAACUUUCCAGGAUCAGGCGGAAGGGAGACAACAUGUGACUCACGGAGGGCCAAGGAAGUACCAACAGAAUUGUUCUCAGAAGAAAGACAGCCCUUUUGUGGAAAGUCACAAGGGCCUUUACAAAGUUAGAGUGCAAGAGAGGAGUCACACGAAUGGGACAGGCAAACCUCUCAAAGAUCAGGCCAGAAACCCCACCCUUAACACCAGCAAAACAACCCCUGCAGCAGCAAAACCGUUCCAGUGCUCAGAGUGUGGGAGAAGCUUCAAGCACCGCGGUCCACUAGUUAUACACAUGCGAAUUCACAGAGGAGUGAAACCGUACGCAUGCUCAGUCUGCGGGAAAAGUUUCAGCUGCACAUCAAACCUUUUCCCACAUGAGAGGCUGCACACGGAAGAAAGACCCUAUAAAUGUUCUGAUUGUGGGAAAAGUUUCAAAGCUGCUUCAACCCUCAAGAAACACAAAAAUGUCCACACUGGAGAAAAACCGUAUCCGUGUCCAGAAUGUGGGAAAAGGUUCAGUGACAAAGGUCAUCUCAUUAGACACAGGAAGACCCACACACAAGUGAGACCUUUCAAAUGCUCGCACUGUGGAAAGGCCUUCAGAGAGAAAGAGCACCUUGCUGUUCAUGAGAGAAUCCACACAGGAGACAAACCGUAUAAAUGCUCAGACUGUGGGAGAAGCUUCAAUUGCCUGUCAAACUUCAAUAGGCACAAGAAAAUCCAUGGAGGGGAGAAACUGCAUAAGUGUUCAGACUGUGGGAAAAGCGUCAGAAACAAAGCAGACCUCAGAGUGCACAGGAGAAUUCACACUGGUGAGAAACCUUAUCAGUGCACAGAGUGUGGGAAAAGCUUUUCGAGCAGCUCAGCCUUUGUAUGCCAUAAGAGAACCCACCGAGGAGACAAACCGUAUGAGUGCCUAGAAUGUGGGAAACGUUUCCGUCAUAAAUAUACCCAUAUGAAACACGAGCAGAGAAUGCAUCAAUAUCAGUGCUCCGACUGUGGGGAAAGUUUCGGCCAAAUUUCAGCCCUUCAACGUCAUAAAAGUAAACACACAGGAGAGAGCCCGUACAACUGUCUAGAAUGUGGGAAAGGAUUUACAACAAAACGCGUGCUUACUCAGCACGAGAAAAUGCACAAAGAGAAACAGUACGGUUGUCUAGAAUGUGGGAAAAGAUUUAUAACAAAACCUAAACUUAUUCAACAUGAGAGAAUCCACACAGGAGAGAAACCAUACUCUUGCUCAGAGUGUGAGAAGAGCUUCAGCCAAAAGCCAAGCCUCGUUCAACAUAUGAGAGUCCACACAGGAGAGAAGCCAUUCAAGUGCUCACUCUGUGGGAAGAGAUUCAGACAGAAAUUGCGUCUCUCUGAGCAUUUGAAAUUCCAUCCAGGAAAGGAAACCCAUGAGUGUUCAGAGUGUGGGAGAAGCUUCAACGAUCCUUUGCGCUUGCUGAGACAUCAGAAGAUCCACACAGGGGACACUCCCUAUAAGUGCUUAGCGUGUGGGAAAAGUUUUUCCACAAAGGCAUAUCAACAGUGUCAUCAAAGAAUACACACAGGAGAGAAGCCAUACCAGUGUCUGGAUUGUGGGAAACGGUUCCGUGUCAGGGCAAACUUGCCGGUACAUGAAAAAGUUCACACUGGAGAGAAACCGUUUAAAUGCAUGGAGUGUGGCAAAAGCUUUAUUAAUAGUUCGGGCCUCAUAGGUCACCAUAAAAUCCACACAGGAGAGAAACCAUCUAAAUGCUGA